UUGCCCUGCUCCUGAGCACACACUGCAUAUCAGACUCUUCUAGGAGGAGGAUUACUUUCUUACAUUCCUAAGGUUUCUCCUUAAGACUUGAACAGCAAUUUUUAACUUAACUUGUGGUUUCAUGGUGUUGGGUGCUGUAUACAACAAUACUUUAUUUUAAGAUGUGGUUGUGGACUUUGAUUGGCCUUUGCAUCAUCACAAAGGUGCAUGGGUUUGCAAAUGGUGCCCCCAAUGACGAAGAAACAUGUAAAAAAAUGUCACCUGUGCAUAGAAGAAGCGAUGGGACAAAUUCUCCCCGUCAGACUACUAAAUCACCCUUUGAGGUCACUUACGAAUUGGGCCAAAGGAAAGAGCCUAUUACAGUUUCUCUCCAGAGCAAGUCAUCUCAUAAAUUCAUUGGAUUUAUGUUGGAGGCUCGAGAGAAAGGCAUGGUGGACGGAGGCAGUCCUGUUGGAAAAUUUAUCCCACUUAAUCCUGGAGAAAUCAAACUCCUACGGUGCAGUAAUUUAGAAGGCUCUGCUGUUACUAAUUUAGGCAAUACAGGCAAGAAUUUGAUCAAGGUUAACUGGACAGCGGAGGGAGCAGAGUUAGACAUAUUUUUCAGAGCCACAUUUGUUAAAAGCUAUUCCAUAUUCUGGGAACGAGUGGAUGUGAAUGUUGUUUUACCUCCAGACCCCACAACACUACCACCAAGUACUCCAAUAAGUACUCCAGCAAGUACUCCAACGAGUACUCCAACAAGUACUCCAGCAAGUACUCCAACAAGUACUCCAACAAGUACUCCAGCAAAUACUCCAACAAGUACUCCAACAAGUACUCCACCAAGUACUCCAGUAAGUACUCCAACAAGUACUCAAACAAGUACACCAACAAGUACUCCAGUAAGUACUCAAACAAGUACUUCAGUAAGUACUCAAACAAGUACUCCAGCUAGUACUCAAACAAGUACUCCUACAAGUACUACAAAGCCAAGUACAACUCCUCCAGGAAAGGACAAACAUAAGAAAUAUCUUCUGGCAGAAACUGGGAUGAUGGGUUUUAGCGUUCUUUUGGUGGGCGUGAAAGAGGAUAUCCCUGAUAUAUUCACAAUUACCUUCACUGAUGGCCCAUUUUCUCGUUGUCUAAUUACGGUGUUUAAGAUAACAUGCAGUCAGCUUUGUUAUGCACUUGAAAUAUCGACCCUGGUGUUGUUUUGUGUGGAUGAUCCCGUUUCAGUCACUCUUGUUGCUCUUGUGUCUGUGGCGAUACUGAUUAAUAUAAUAGAGCUGAUAAUCAUCUCUCUGCCUUUGGGACCCAGUCAUGAACUAAAGGAGAUGUGUGACCUUGCUGACAAAUUGUCAUUGUCAGUCAUCCAUACCGGUCCUAUAACUGCUGUCGUCGUCAUGGUUGUUUUGGAGAUUGAACGGAAAGAGUCUUGGCUUCCCAGAGUGAUGAUUGCUUACGUAGUGUGGAUUUUCCUGUUUGUAAUUUGGGUCUUCAUACUGAAUGUUUACAAGAACACAAAACUGGGGAUAAGACAACUAGGGAGGUCACAUAGUGUGAAAUGGAGGCAACAGAAAAAAAAGGAGCUCAGUGCAUGCGAAGUGAUUGUUAUUGCUGUCUCAUUAAUAUUCGACGUUGGAACCAUGAUUUUCACUGCAGCUAUCAUUUUUGGGAUAUUUAAAGGAUAAAAAUGAAGACGUGCUGGCACUUUGAUUCACAGUUGUGUUAUAUAUUAAUCUAUGUCGUCACGCACUUUUGGAUUAUUGAUUGCAAAUUGCUGCUUUUGUGAAUUUUAUUAAAAUUUGUGUUGAUAAUGUAAAGUUGUGUUUAACCGCCUGGUGCCUCAUGAGCCAAAAGUAAUGUCAAAACUUCAAAAUAACAAUAAA